UUUGGCAAACACUCGAAAUCUGUCUGACACGACCGCCACCGUGGACAUGGCUCUUCGCGUCUUUCGCUCCAUCGACAUCCUCCGCGAAAUGUGGGAGUUCCAAAGUGGAUAUUAUCAUGACAUGCUCCCCUUCCUCGGACUCAAACUUCUACCUCGUCCAGUGUGGCAGUACUCGUUGCGAACGAGCUCUGCCGCAAUCGACUUGGACCCGCCGCAUGCCUUGCUCUCCGCUUGGUACGAAGUUUAUGGCGUCGACCGGCUGUCGCAGCUAAUGCGCUCGCUCCCAUACAUGAGAGAAAUUGUGCUCGCCGACGCUAUUGCGUUUGGAUUCAUUCCCGUCUUGGAAUCGCUGAACUUAAUCGAGUCACUGGCGAAGUGCAUUGACAACGGCCACUUGUGUCUCGCAGCAGCAUAUGGACACGUCGCUGUCAUGCACUUUUUGAACAAUUGCCCUUUUGGAUGGACGCCCGACGUCAUGGACUGUGCUGCAGCGUACGGACAACUGGAAACCGUGCGGUGGUUGCAUGAAAAUCGAUCGGAAGGUUGUACCGUGAAUGCAAUGCACAAUGCAGCGCACGAGGGCCACCUAUCUGUUGUGGAAUUUCUCCAUUUUAAUCGAUCUGAAGGCUGUGGUGCUCAAGCGAUGGACUUGGCAGCAUCGAAUGGACACCUCCAUGUCGUGCAGUGGCUUCACAAAAAUCGCACUGAAGGCUGCACUGUCGAAGCCAUGGUAUGGGCCGCGGGCAACGGACAUCUAGAUAUCGUGAAGUGGUUGCAUGAGAACCGGCCUGAAACUAGCUUCGCUCCCAAUGCGAUCGUCUUUGCCGCCGAGUUCGGACAUUUGAAUGUUGUGAAGUUCUUGUUCGAGGAUCAUCUUGAUGGCCAUAAAGAGAAACCAUUCCUGGCGUAUUUGGCCAUGAAUGCAGCUGCAAAGGCAGGUAACGACGAUAUCGUGUGGGCGCUGUGGCAAGAAACCAAAGCGAAGCGAAGUAAUCUGUUGCGGCAAGCCAAGGAAGCUGGACAUUCGGACUUCAUUCAAUGGCUGCGGCAGGUUUCUGUUCGACAGCGUGCCAGCGCAAUGCACAAUAAUCAGAGCAUCGUGCCCGAGUCGAGCAAGAUGGGCAUGGAAGACACCGCGUAGAUGGAUUUGCGCAAACUAGGCAGGAAAGUGUGGUAUGUGACUCGAAGCCUCGCCAACGCUCCUAACCAAUAUAUAUCGUCUUGCAA